GAAGGGCGGGGGCAUCGGCGCGCGCGGGCGCGGCGCGUGCGCGGCGCGGGGCCCCCGGCCGGAUCUCUCGCGAGGAAGGACGCCAUUAUCGCAGCCGCCGCACAAAACACCACGAGAACUCGGCGCCCGCCUCACACGGAGUGCAUGCCUGGGCCAGCUCUGCCCUGGGGAGCUGCAGUGGUGCCUGAGGGGUUUUGCUGCAGGUUCUGAAUGAUGUCAGAGCAGGAUUUGGCCGAUGUGGUUCAGAUUGCUGUGGAGGACCUGACUCCUGAUAAUCCAGUUGUGUUGGAGAACCAUGAGGUGGCAGAUGAUGAUGUGGAACCUGCCCUGAAACGUCAGAGGAUAGAAAUCAACUGCCAGGAUCCCUCUAUUAAGUCGUUCCUGUACUCCAUCAACCAGACCAUAUGCCUGAGGCUGGACAGCAUCGAGGCCAAGCUGCUGGCCCUGGAGGCCACCUGCAAAUCCCUGGAGGAGAAGCUGGACCUGGUCAUGAACAAGCAGCACAGCCCCAUCCAGGUGCCCAUGGUGGCCGGGUCCCCGCUGGGCGCCACCCAGACCUGCAAUAAAGUCCGAUGUGUCGUCCCUCAGACCACGGUGAUCCUCAACAACGACCGGCAGAACUCCAUCGUGGCCAAGAUGGUGGGGCAGGAGGAGCCUCUGAGCAGAGCAGCAGAUUCCCUGGAGAACAUCCUCAGCAACGCGGUGCCGGGCCGCCGGCAGAACACCAUCGUGGUGAAGGUGCCCGGGCACGACGACAGCCACAACGAGGACGGCGAGAGCGGCUCCGAGGCCAGCGACUCUGUGUCCAACAGCGGCCAGGUGGGCAGCCAGAGCAUCGGCAACAACGUCACCCUCAUCACCCUCAACUCCGAAGAGGAUUACCCCAACGGGACGUGGCUGGGCGACGAGAACAACCCCGAGAUGCGGGUGCGCUGCCCCAUCACGCCCGCCGACAUGCUGCACAUCAGCACCAACUGCCGCACGGCCGAGAAGAUGGCCCUGACCCUGCUGGAUUACCUCUUCCACAGGGAGAUCCAGGCCAUCUCCAACCUCUCGGGCCAGGGCAAGCACGGCAAGAAGCAGCUGGAUCCUCUCAUGAUCUACGGGAUUCGCUGCCACCUGUUCUACAAGUUUGGCAUCACAGAGUCGGACUGGUACCGCAUCAAGCAGAGCAUCGACUCCAAGUGCAGGACAGCCUGGAGGAGGAAGCAGCGAGGCCAGAGCCUGGCUGUGAAAAGCUUCUCCAGGAGAACCCCCUCAUCCUCCUCCUACAGUGGCUCAGAGGGAUCCCAGAGCUCGGUGUCAGCCUCCAGUGAGCUGCAGCAGAACCAGCCCCAGGCCCUGCACUACGCCCUGGCCAACGCUCAGCAGGUCCAGAUCCACCAGAUCGGAGAGGAUGGACAAGUGCAAGUAAUCCCACAGGGCCAUCUCCACAUAGCCCAGGUGCCCCAGGGAGAGCAGGUCCAGAUCACGCAGGACAGCGAGGGAAACCUGCAGAUCCACCAAGUCCACGUGGGUCAGGACGGGCAGGUUUUUCCCUGGAUCUUUUGAAGCCUAAUAUGGAUAAUCAGGAAUGUGGAGAAUCAGGAAUACCGUGGGGCUUCUGUGGCUGAGUGUUUGAAGCUGAAAAUAAAUAUAUCCUCACUGAAGGCUGAAUCUGAGCCUGGCUGCUGAAUGCUCCCUGGGAAUGUUUCCCAGUGGAAAUUCCUGUUUUCCGUGAUUUUCUGGGCACAGAGCAGGGGCUGGGGGUUCCCCUGAGCAGGUGAGGUUUGGUGCUGCAGCUUCUCCAUCCCAACUCCAAGUGAGAGGUUCACAGAGCAGGAACCUGGGAGGUUCCUGGGAGCUGAGGCAGAAAACAGCACAAACCUUGAUGAGAUGUUAGCAGGGACAUCUCCAAGGUGCCACAGGUGCUCAGCUACCAAAUCUUGGCUUUUCUGCAGAGCUUUGCUGAUUGUGCUUUCCCCCCUCUUGCUUCAGUGUCCUGGUGGUUGCUCUGAGCUCAGAUUUUGUUUUUCUGGCAUCCCUGUGCAUGGAAUGAAUGAAAUCAUUCCAGAGGAGCUCUGUCUACCUCCACAUGUGUUCUAUUAGCUGGAAGUUUCAGAUUUCAGUGCACGUUUAAUAAAAACCCCAAACUGCAAAAAUAAUUAAAGCUUCACAUUAGCUGAGCCUUGAAACCUCAGAAAAGUGGGGAUUUCUUUUUUUUCUCUUUGCAUUUUGUCCUUAGGAAUUACCAGAAAUUUUCACUUUUGUCUCCUCUGAUUACCUGCCCUUUUUCCCCACCUUCAUCCUUUUUUUCCUUGAAGUUUUGGUCAUCCCAGGAAAUGUUCAGUGUGUCCUGGGCCUCAGGGAUACACCUGGGAUAGAAAAAACAGGACAAUUCCAGGAGUUUCCCACUCCUUAAUUCUGUUUUUAGCCAUUCCACGUUAUACACCCUCACUUGCCAGUGUUUCUCCAAUUUAGGGAUUAAUUAAAUGACACCAGGGAAAUGGUCUUUAAUUAUUGCCUGGUUGUGAAAUGGAAAAGUUGAUGUCCUUUAAUAUCUAAAAUAGGAUUGUGUGUGUGUUCAAGGAGAGCCAACGAUUUGUUCUGCUGCAGGAAUGAAAAACUGGGGACAAUUGCAGCAUUUAAUUCACUGUGGGAGAGUGGGAAAAGCAGGAAAAUCCAGGAUGGGGCUGGCAGGAGAAAGCCAGCGAGUGUGAAGAGCGUUUGGAGGAGAUAAAUCUGCAGGAUUGCUUCUGCCACGCUGUUUUUCCAAAAAAAAAAAAAAAAAAAGUUGGGAUUUUCCUAAUUAUGGACACAAGAGUGUCCCAGGUGAGCCUGGAAUCAAAGGGCUGCUCGGAGAGGGAGGGAGGGGAUCCCAUCCCACACUUCUGCUCUUGGAUGGAGCAGGAAUUGCAUUUUCAUUCCCUGAACUUUGCCUCUGAUGACUUCAAAAAUACAUUCUCCAAAAUGGAAUCUAUCUAUUAUCCUAAAACUCAAUAUAGAGCCCCAAUAGAUUAUCCCAAAAAUCAAUAUUAUUGACUUUUUUUAAUUCCGAGUCUUCCACUCCCAGACCUGUUUAUUCCCGUGUUUUUAUUCCAGUCUGGAGCAGGAAUCCAUUGGCACUCCCUUGAAGUAAUUUAAACCUCUCAAAAUUGACCUUUAUUUCAUUUACCAGGAUGGAUAAAUAUUCUCAGAGUCUUCUUUUCCAGAUAUUAAAAUAUUAUUAAAAUAUGCCUGUUUAAAUGAUCCAAAAAUAAGACAAGAACCUUCUAAUGCAAUAUUUAACUUGCACAAAUUUAAUUUGCACAAAUUAUAUACAAAUUUAAUUUACAUAUAAUUCAUUUAAUUGGAAUAUUGUAGAUUUAAAUGCACUGCAAUGCUUUAUUUGAGAUGCUCAGUCACAAAUCAAACCAAGGCAGGAAUUUUUCCCUCUCCCAGUCCGGGAGCAGCAGAGGGCAGUAGCAUUAAGAUGAUGCUGAGUUGUUUUCUGAAGGAAUGAGAGGGAAUUUAGAGGGGGGGAAAUGAGCUGUGGGAUCAUUGCUGUGGAAAUUCUGUGCUCCUGCUGUGGAAUUCCAAAAUUCCAAAAGGUUUUCCCAGUUCCAGCACAGCUCCUGCAAUAACACACACGGAGAAAUGCUUGUUACAAGGAAAAAAUUCAAUUAAAAACUCAGGGCAGCUCAGCUGGAGCUUAAAAACUCCUUAAUUGGUUUGGAAAUAAAUCAAUUAUUAUUUUUAGUUAAUGUUUCUUCAGGAAUUGUUGUAAAUUGUCCUAAAUUUGCUCCUGGUUUUAGGAGCAAAAAGGAAAAGAGUUUGGGAACAAUUGUGCUAACUCCCUGUGAAAUCCCAGAGUAUUUAUGGAAACUCUAUUCAUGGAUAAAUAAAAGUGUUUAAAUAUUUCAUUAUACUUAAAUAGAAGCAUUUUACAGGCAAGAUUAUUUUGGGUUUUUGGAGGAUUUUUGUGCACAAACUUUUUAAUUUGGUGUUCACAGAGCUGGUUCCCACUUUGUCCCUCAGAGUAAUUAAUCACAAAACUCACCCUGUUUAGUUCUGAAAACUUAAUUUUUAGGCAAAGUAAUAUUUUAGCAAAUGAAAAUGGAGAAAUUUUCUUUUAAAGCAGUCCUAAAACAUAGGAUUAAAAAAGGUUUGAGGGAAAAUUCUCUGACUUGGUGAUCAGUACCAUCCAAAAUAUCUCCAGGAAAAUUAAUGUUGUAAGGGAAACAGGAAUAUUUCUCUUAAAUCUGGCUUAAAAAUGAAGUGUAAUAAAAUAUUUAUAUAUACAUAUGUGCAUAUAACACAAAUUUAUGCGUGAUUAAUUUGUAGUUUCACUGCAGAAUUUAGGAUGGGUUUGGAGAAAGUUUGCACUUAAUUUGGAAGCUUCAAACAGGAUAAAGCAGUGCCCAGGAGGAUGAAAACUGAAACUGAGCUCCAAAACUGAAACAAACUGGGCAAUAAUAAUAAUAAUAAUAAUAAUAAUAAUAAUAAUAAUAAUAAUAAUAAUAAUAAUAAUAAUAAUAGCAAUAAUAAUAAAUAUGUAUGUUACAAUUAUUAUUAAUAAUUUAAUUAUAAAGGAUAUAAUUCCUCUACCCCACCACAAAGGACAGACCUGCAAUGACACCCAACCAAACAGAAAAUAAGGAAAAACCUUCAGGAAUUUGGCUGGGGAAAAGAUAUUUUCUGUAGUCACAGAAUUCAGGUGUUGAAUUGAAAAUGCCAUUUUUGCUCCAUGACAGAAUGGGUCGAUCUGGGGGCAGGUGAGGGAGGCCAGAGGCUGGGCUGGAGCAGAGCUGUGCCCUGGAUUUCUCCUUUUUUUUCCCCUGGAUUUCUCCUUUUUUUUCCCCUGGAUUUCUCCUUUUUUUUCCCUGGAUUUCUCCUUUUUCCCUGGAUUUAUCUUUUCUGCCAGCAGCUCUUCCCAUCUCCAGGUCCCUGUCCCAUUCCAAAAUCCCUCUCUCCCCUCACAAACCUCUCCUUUUUCUUUGCUUUUCUGAUCAAAAGCAGCAAAAUGCACAGAGAGGUGGCCAAAUCCACUUUCAUUUUCAUUUGAUAUCAAACAGGAAUUUAUUUUAUCCCCCCAAUGACUUUUUUCCAUUUGUGGAAGGUUCUGGCUGCUGGGAAGAAUGACCAGAGGUGAUUUGUUAAUCUGUUACAGGCACUUCUUUGAUAGUCCCUCAGUUCCCAGUGAUCUGUGCUUGUAAAACAAGAUUUUUUAAUGAAGCCUUUGGAAAAGGAGAAUAUUUUCUGCCUGUUUUUUGAUUUUUCUCCUCAGAGAAAGUGGGUUUGUUCCAUUAAAAUUCCAUUCAAGCAGACAGGAGCAUUUACAAUGCUCCAAAGAAUACCUUCUCUAUUUUGGAGUAUAUUAUGUUCUUUAUUCACCCAAAUCUUGUUUUAAUAUUGCUGUAAACUUAAUAAGAAGAGAUGAGAUAGGAAGUGAUAAUCUUUUAAAUAUAAGGAAGAAUCAUUUUCUCCACCUUGAUAGGAGGCAGAGGUCUAAGCUGCCUCUUAUUAGAGCUGUUGCUAAUAAAAAUCUCUGCUUGUAGGCUGGCAGUGCUCACAAAGCUAUCAGGGCUCAUCUGGAGAAAUCAUUUCUUUUUUGUUUUGUUUAUUUUUUUUUUUCCUGCUCCUCAUUUAUGAUUUUUCUCAUCACGUGAUGCCAGCCCUGUCCCGAUGCUCCACGUUUCCCUUAUCCCAUCCCCUGUGCUCCACUCUCAUUUAUUUGGAAUAUUUGGGGUAUGUAUUGGAAUAUUUGGAAUAUUUGGGGUGGCUGGAGCAUGCCCUGCUUGGGAAUCGCUGCCCACACCCCAAAUCCCGAGCCAGGUGGGAUUUGGGGAUUUUUAACCUGGAGAAAAGGAGCUCAGGGGAAAUUCCCUCUCCCUUUCCCACUCCAGGAGGCCUUGGGGAACCUUGGGGAGUUGAGGGUUCCCACAUUUUGUGUGGCAGGGUCAAAUGGCAUUUUGGGCUGCUCACAGCUUUGGGAAUCUGUGAUGACUGAAAAUGGGAAAUGGCUCCUCUUUUUCAUCUCCUCGCUGUUGAAAAAGUGGAUUUUUGCCAACUUCAGGCACCAAGCCACCCCUUUUAAAAAUUAAACCUCACCUGGAGGAUCAGUUUCUCUUUUUCAAAGCUGACCUGUGUGAUUUACAGAGAUUUUGAGCAAGGCAGUGUUAAAUCCAGUGAAAUUAGACAGUUGAUUGACUUUUGUUUGUGUUCAGAGAUUUAAUCCUUCGCGUAGUUCAACUCCAUUUCCAGGCCAACUUUCCAGAAUCCUUCAAAUAUUUCAAGCUAGCUGAGCAAUAAAUAAAUGUUAUCUACAGAAUUCUGAUAAACUGAAGAAGGAUGAUCCAAGAUCCUGAAUUUGGGAUUAGGUUUGCACAUCUAUUAAAAUAAAACCCUACCAGAUGAGCAUUUUAAGAUGCUUAAAGAUGAUCUUCAGUUGUUUUCUGAAGGAAUGAGGAGGGAAUUUGGAGAAAUGAGCUGCUCCUUGAUUUAGACAUUAAAAUCCUCCCUCAGCAGCCCAGUUUUAAUUCCUGCUCUCAGCUGCUGUUUUAAUUAGCUGGGAUAAAUUUCCUUUAUUCAGGGAGGAACAUUUGGAAAGUCUGCUUGGAAAACCAUCCUCUGGAGCCAUUUCUUUGGUGUUCUGUGACCAGAAUUCCACUUGUGGAGUGAGGAUUUGAGUGCUGAACUUGCUCUGUUUGCUUCCCAGUCUGCUGGGAUUAAUUGGCUCCUGCUCCAUCAAUUAUCCACUCAGAGCUAUCAGUUCCUGCCCGGGCUGGAAGCAAAAGCAGAGCUGCUUCAGCCACUUUGCCUUUGAUACAAACUCUGGGCUCCCACCAGGCCUGACUGAAUGAAUCCCUUUGAAAAAUUGCCUUUUGAUUUUGUUUCUAAUUUUUUUUUUUUUUUAAUAACAACUAUUUUUAUUCCUGAAAUCUGUCACUCUGGAGUGUUGCUGAAUGUUUGUGUUAAGCAGCACGAGUGAGUUCAGCAGGGGGAAGUGUUGGGAUGGUUGAAUUUCCAGUUCAUCCUUGUGGGAGAGGUGGCACUGCCCAUGAGGGACUUGUCCCACAGCAAUGGCACAGGAGAGGUGCCAGGGGAAUCUGGGCAGGGGACAGGGUGACAGGACGCAGGGAAUGGCUUCAAACUAAAGGAGGGACAGUUUAAAUGGGAUAUUGGGAUAAAUCCUUCCCUGUGAGGGUGGGCAGGC